GAUGGUUGAACUGUCGAACCGGAACCAGGAAACACUGGGCUCUGCACAGCACGCAGGACUAACGGGAACACAGCCACGGGGCACCCGCGCGGCGCGCCCUCCCGCGCCAGCUCGAAGGCUUACUUUGGUCCCACCUCCUUUCCUCUUGCUCCUUCGAAUCCCUUCCCCCUCCGCCGUUUCCGGAUAGGAACACUUUGUAAAUUCUUUCCAAGUUGAAGCGUGGGACCAAUUUCGUCAACACAAUCCGGAAUGGUCAACAUGGCGGCGGCUGUAAGAUGCCUCGGUAGAGUCUUGAUACAUCAGCAAAGGCAUAGUCUUUCCAAGAUGGCUUCUCAGACAUCUCUUUAUCCUUGUUCUGUGUACGUUCUGGUGCCCAACAGACAUUUUGCUGCUGCUACAAGGCCUGCAAAGAAAACAAAAAAAGGUGCCAAAGAAAAAGCAUCGGAUGAGAAAAAAGAUGAGAUAGAAAAAAUAAAGUCAUAUCCCUUUAUGGAAGGUGAACCUGAAGAUGACGUCUACCUAAAACGCUUAUAUCCAAGGCAGAUAUACGAGGUGGAGAAAGCUAUUCACUUACUUAAGAAAUUUCAAGUUCUGGACUUUACUAAUCCAAAGCAAGGUGUCUAUCUUGAUUUGACACUGGAUAUGACACUGGGGAAGAAGAAAAGAGUGGAGCCGUUUGCCAGUGUUCUUAGUUUGCCACACCCAUUUGUUUCAGAGACCAGUAAAGUUGCUGUAUUUACAGGGAAUGCAUCAGAGAUAAAAAUAGCAGAAGAAAAUGGAGCUGCAUUUGCAGGAGGAACUAAUCUGAUUCAGAAGAUUUUGGAUGAUGAAAUUCAACCAGACUUUUAUGUAGCUGUUCCAGAAAUAAUGCCGGAGCUUAAUCCAUUAAGGAAGAAACUGAAAAACAGAUUUCCUAAGCUUACUCGAAAUUCCAUUGGCCGAGACAUCCCCAAAAUGCUUGAAUUAUUUAAAACUGGACAUGAAAUUAAGGUAGAUGAAGAAAGGGAAAACUUUCUGGAGACCAAAAUAGGAACACUGGAUAUGUCAAGUGACCAGAUAGCUGCCAAUCUGCAAGCAGUUAUCAGUGAAGUUUGUAGGCAAAGACCGCUGAAUUUGGGACCCUUUGUGGUACGUGCUUUCCUUCGAAGUUCAACAAGUGAAGAGAAUGAGAGACAGAGAAACAGAGGGAACGUGUACGCACAUGAUGUUAUAUAAAGGCAAUAAGUGUACCAAGGAAGACAAAGAAAUGAAUUUUGAUGGAAAAAUUCUGAGAAGUUUGCUGCAGCUUCAUAGGUCAAAGUAAGUUAGGGGAAAUGACUUGAAAGAGGAGGAAAGAUGAUGCAGAUACAGGGUUACACGUGAAUACUGACAGUUUGGGGGUUAGGGAGACCUUUAGAGGCCUCUAUAGUUUGGGAGUAUAUUGGUUAUGGUAUGAUAUAUAUUGAUUAUAGCUUGCCACUUGAAAUUAAAAUUAAAAAUAAUUUAUGGUAGUGAAUUACAAAGUAGCAUUUUUCAAAGCGAUAUGUUAGAGAAUAAGUUGCUUCUUUAAAAAUUUUGACUAUGCUAAAAUGAUAAAGCUGAUGAUUAAAACCUAAGAUGAAAGAUAAUUAAAACCUGAAGGGAAUCAAGACAGUAUAGUACUGGCACAAAAACAGAAAGGAAGAUCAAUGGAACAGGA